AUGCCUUACGUACUCUCUAACGCACAUCAACAAUUAGUUGAAGGUCACCUUAAAGACUUUGACCCAGAAGUUGACCAAAUCAUCAAGGAUGAAAUUGACAGACAAAAGCACUCAAUUGUCUUGAUUGCAUCUGAAAAUUUCACCUCAACUGCUGUUUUUGAAGCCUUAGGUACUCCAAUGUGUAACAAGUACUCUGAAGGUUACCCAGGUGCUAGAUACUAUGGUGGUAAUGAACAAAUUGACAAAAUGGAAAUCUUAUGUCAAAACAGAGCAUUGAAUGCCUUCCACGUUUCUCCAGAAAAAUGGGGUGUUAAUGUUCAAACUCUUUCUGGUUCCCCAGCUAAUCUUCAAGUUUACCAAGCAAUUAUGAAACCACAUGAAAGAUUGAUGGGUUUAGAUCUCCCACACGGUGGUCACUUAUCUCACGGUUAUCAAACUGAUUCGAGAAAGAUUUCAGCCGUUUCAACCUACUUCGAAACAAUGCCAUACAGAGUUGAUUUGGAAACUGGUUUAAUUGACUACGAUAUGUUAGAAAAGACCGCUAUUCUUUACAGACCAAAGGUUUUGGUUGCUGGUACUUCUGCUUACUGUCGUUUAAUUGAUUACAAGAGAAUGAGAGAAAUUGCUGAUAAAGUCGGUGCUUAUCUCGUUGUUGACAUGGCUCACAUUUCUGGUUUAAUUGCCGCUGGUGUCAUCCCAUCUCCAUUCGAAUACGCUGAUAUUGUUACAACUACUACUCACAAGUCUUUAAGAGGUCCAAGAGGUGCUAUGAUUUUCUUCAGAAGAGGGGUUAGAUCUGUUAACCCAAAGAAUGGCCAAGAAGUCUUAUAUGAUUUGGAAAACCCAAUCAACUUUUCUGUUUUCCCAGGCCACCAGGGUGGUCCACACAACCAUACUAUUGCUGCUUUAGCAACUGCCUUAAAGCAAGCCGCCACUCCAGAGUUUAAGCAAUAUCAAGAACAAGUCUUAAAGAAUGCUAAGGUAUUGGAAACAGAAUUCCUCAGCAAGGGUUACAACUUAGUUUCCCAUGGUACUGAUUCUCAUAUGGUUCUUGUUUCUCUUAAGGACAAGAAUAUUGAUGGUGCCAGAGUGGAAACUAUUUGUGAAAAGAUCAAUAUUGCUUUAAACAAGAACUCUAUCCCAGGUGACAAGUCUGCUUUAGUUCCAGGUGGUGUCAGAAUUGGUGCUCCAGCCAUGUCCACCAGAGGUAUGGGUGAAGAAGACUUCAAGAAGAUUGUCUACUACAUUGACACUGCUGUUAACUACGCUAAAGAAAUCCAAGCUAACUUGCCAAAGGAUGCAAACAAGUUGAAAGACUUCAAGGCAAAGGUCUUACAAGGUGAAGAUGCUAAGUUACAAGAAUUAAAGAAGGAAAUUUCAGAAUGGGCUGGUGAAUUCCCAUUAUCCGUCUAA